GACUCUCAUAUUUUUUCCAAAUCUUUGUGUGUGUUCUUAUCUGUUAAAAGUACAAAAGGGGGUUAAAAUAAUAUGAAGCCUCUUCACUUUGUUCAUCCUCCGACUCCAAGCUCCCACCACAACUACCUUCACAAUUAACCCUCAAAACCCCUCUCAAGUUCUUACCUUUCUUCUUUCAGGCUAGUGCAGAGGUGGGAAGUUAGCAAAAAAGGGAUCUCUAGUUCUUUUUCUAUGUGCAGAGGGCAUAGAGGGAGAGGGGUGGUGGGGUUCAGUGUCUGCGUCCCUUUUGGAGCAAUCUUGGUUCCUUGGAGGGGGUCAUAGAGGAAGAACAAGGUGAGAUUUCUUCACCUCCUGGAUCUUGAUUUGGGCCGACACCCUGAUACUUUUCUUCUGUUUUCUGCUACUUCUUUGGUGUUAUUUGGGUGUAAUUUGAACUGAGUUGUCUCAUUUCUGGGGAAGAUUGGGAGGAACAUUUGGUUCUGCAGACUAAUUGUAAACUGGGUCUGCUUCAAUUGUUCAAUAGCGUGGCUCAGAAUGGUUUUAUAGGUUCUGGUGUUGAUUCGACUGCUUGGGGUUGUUGAGAUUUGAAUUGGGUUUGGGAUCAGACCUAGUAUUUAUUCAUUUGGGAAGACUGGUUCUUGGUUGUUCUCUUCAUUGUUGGUACUUUUGGAUGACUGAAUUGGGUUUUGGUUGUGUAUACUAAUCUUGGUUGGUCUUCUAUCCUCCUGAGGCAUGGCGGGCAUUGACGUUUCAAAAUAUGCCCAUAGCCCUGUUCACAAGGCCAUUGCUUUGAGAGAUUAUGCCAGUCUCAGGAAGAUAUUAGCGAGUUUGCCUAGGCUUUGUAAUCCGAAUGAGGUUCAAACUGAAAUGGCUUCCUUGGCUGAGGAAGAGAAGGCUGAAGCCAUCUCUGCUGUGAUUGAUCGGCGUGAUGUUCCAAACCGAGACACCCCUCUUCACUUGGCUGUUAAACUUGGCGACAAUACUGCAACUGAAAUGCUUAUGCUUGCUGGAGCAGAUUGGAGCUUGCAAAAUGAACAAGGCUGGAGUGCUCUCCAGGAAGCAAUCUGUAAUAGGGAAGAAGGAAUUGCCAUGACCAUAGUUAGGCAUUACCAACCAUUGGCUUGGGCAAAGUGGUGUAGGAGGUUGCCUCGCUUGGUAGGAACUAUGGGAAGGAUGAGAGAUUUCUACAUGGAAAUUACAUUCCACUUUGAGAGUUCUGUGAUUCCUUUCAUUUCAAGGAUUGCCCCUUCAGAUACUUACAAAAUUUGGAAGAGGGGUGCAAAUUUGAGGGCAGAUAUGACUUUGGCUGGUUUUGAUGGUUUUAGAAUUCAGAGAUCAGAUCAAAGUAUACUUUUCCUGGGUGAUGGUUCUGAGGAUGGAAAGGUCCCUCCUGGAUCACUCUGUAUGAUCUCACACAAGGAGAAGGAGGUGAUGAAUGCUUUGGAUGGUGCUGGUUCUCCGGCAACAGACGCAGAGGUUCAGCAGGAAGUGGCAGCAAUGUCUCAGACUAAUAUAUUCAGGCCUGGGAUUGAUGUGACACAAGCAGUUCUUUUGCCUCAAUUGACAUGGAGACGGCAAGAGAAAACAGAAAUGGUGGGUGCAUGGAGAGCAAAGGUAUAUGAUAUGCACAAUGUGGUUGUGAGCAUCAAGUCCAGGAGAGUUCCAGGGGCUAUGACAGAUGAUGAAUUCUUCUCUUCGUGCAAUGAAAAUGAAGCGGAGAAUGAGGAGCUUGAUGAUAUUUUAACAGAAGAUGAAAGAAGGCAACUUGAAGUUGCUCUUAAAUUGGAUUCAUCAGAUAUGACAAAUGAGAAUGGUGAAGGGAUAAUUGGGCAUCGCCAUAGUUGUUAUGAGCACAGGGAGAUUCCUAUUGAAGAGGUGAAUGGUUGUAGAAAUGGGGAGAUGAAGCAGGAAAAGAAAGGAUGGUUUGGUGGCUGGAGGAAACGAGAUUCUAAACAGGAAGGGCAGAAGAAGAUUGCCCCACCAAGAAGUUCUCUCUGUGUGGAUGAGAAGGUAAGUGAUCUAUUAGGAGAUUCUCCACCAAUAAACCAGAGCAAACCAGGAAGACAUUCUGUGGAAAUUGUUGUGAGGGGAGAUGAGCCCCGGAGAGGAAGGGAUAGCAAAACAUCUUCUUCUAUGAUUUCUGAAAGUGGAGGUAGGCGCAAGGACGGAGGCCGUGAGAAUGAGUAUAAGAAAGGAUUGAGGCCUACACUCUGGCUUUCCCCAAGCUUCCCACUACAAACUGAGGAACUUCUGCCAUUGCUUGACAUUCUCGCUAACAAGGUUAAGGCAAUUCGCCGUCUAAGAGAACUGCUUACAACAAAACUUCCAAUGGGAACUUUCCCUGUCAAGGUUGCAAUUCCUGUGGUUCCUACCAUCAGAGUGUUGGUUACAUUUACAAAGUUUGAAGAACUACAGCCGGUGGAUGAGUUUACAACACCCCCUUCAAGUCCUUCUGCUGCAGGCCCAGAGAGCCCUGCCACGAUGCAGUCCUCAAGUUCAUCAUGGUUUCAGUGGAUAAAGGCCCCUUACCAACGCCCUACCUCUUCUUCCAAUGGUGGUUCAAGCAGUAGGAUAGACAACAUUCAAGAACCGUUUGCUAUUCCUUCUGAUUACACUUGGGUUACUGCUGAAGCAAAGAAAAAGAAGAUGCAGGAGAAGAACAAGUCGAAGAAAGGAAAGAGUCAAAACCCAUGAAGUCUGGGAAGAGAGUAAGAUCCACAUGUACACCUAGGAUGCUGCUUUCUGAAGGGAGUCAAAAGGGAGGCAAGCAGGCAACAGUGUUUCUUUUAAUCAACAAAUUUGUGAUACUGUAAGGAAAAGGGAAAAGAUCCACAAAAAAGGAAAAAAGAAAAAAAGAAAAAAAAAAAAAAGAAAAAGGUAGAGGGCCAUCUUCUAUUUAUAUAUUGAAGUAAAUGAUCCUUCUGUGAGUUGAAAAAUGGUAAAUCAUUGUGGGGUUUAUGAAAAAUGAUACUUGUAAUUCAUGCAAAUGUGUCCUCAGUUCUUGGCAGAUGUUUACGCCAUUUACAUUACUUGAUUCGCUUAAUAUCUAUCUUGCUAGCUUUCAUUUUAUUUUUUA